UUGAAAUGUAGCAAACAUUCAUCUCAAGUACUUGAGUGUCAACGUGACAUUCUAUCUUCUAUUCUGCACUGUCCACACUCGUCUUGAAUAUUGGUUUGUACAAAAUGGGUGAAAAGAAAAGAAAAGGAUCGUCCGGUGCGACCGACCUUCCUCCAAAGAAGACCAAGAAGUCGAAGAGCGCCGAUGUUGUUGCGGACAAGCCAGCUGCCUCCGCCCCUAAAGACGAGCCCGUCCCUGCUGACAAUGCUUCGGCGGUGGCCUCGAAAAAAUCCCGCAAGCGCGCCGCAGAUUUCAUGAACGAGGAAGAGUCGACAAAGGCCGUUGCCCCUACAACCGCUUCUACUGCUGUCGAAGAGCCUGCUGUCAAGAAAUCCAAGAAGUCGAAGAAGAACAAGAAGGGUAAGGAGGAUCAGAUCCUUACUGCCGAUGGUGUCAAUGGUGUCGUUGAACACCCUGGAGAUGAGGACCUUGAGACGGCCACCGCCCAGAAGCCGGCCGACAUCUCGAUGCAAGCUGAAGCCGAGAGGACACUCGAUCAAGAACUCGAAAAUGACUUCAGGGCUGUGGCCAGUGAGGAUGAGGCUGGCUAUGUCGACGAGGUCGAGGUGGAGGACAAUGCGGCUGCCCUCCUCAAGGGCUUUGACAGUGACACCGAUGACAAGCAAGAAGAUACCGGCCUGGAUCUGAGCACCACUCCUGCUCUGCCCAAGUCGAAGAAGGUUCAGAAGAAGUUGGACAAGAUCAAGGCUGAAGGCAAAGAUGAUGGUCCUGGCGCCGUCUACGUCGGUCGGAUUCCGCACGGUUUCUACGAAAAGCAAAUGAGAGAAUACUUCUCCCAGUUCGGUGACAUUACGAGACUAAGACUCUCCCGGAACAAACGCACUGGAGCGUCAAAGCACUUUGCCUUCAUUGAGUUUGCUUCCAACGAAGUUGCCAAGAUUGUCGCGGAGACUAUGGACAACUAUCUGCUUUUCGGCCAUAUUCUCAAGUGCAAGUAUGCGCCGCCUGACUCUUUGCAUCCGGAUGUAUGGAAGGGAGCGAACAAGAAAUACCGGAAGUCCCCACAUGAGAAGCUCGAACGGGAGAAACUCGCCGCACCGAAGACUGCCGACAAGUGGCAGAAGAAGGUUGAGAAGGAGCAGCGUAAACGCGAGGAGAAGGCGAAGAAACUCAAGGCCAUUGGAGUGGACAUGCCGGCAUCAACAUUGGCCAACCCUUCAGACGUGGUUAAAGACAAAUUGAUAACUGCCGAAGAGCCCAAGAAGGCCAUCGAGGCGUCGAAACCAGAAACCGCAGAGAAGGAAGCCAAAGAGUCGAAGAAGGAGAAGAAAGAUAAGAAGAAGGACAAGAAGAAUCAGGACAAGAAGGCGGAGAAUGCCGAAGAAGAGAAGGCGGCUGCCGUUAGUGUUGAACCUGAAGCCGCCAAGGAUGUAGAGUCUGCUUCUGCCGAGAAGGAGGCAGAGCCGGAGGCUUCGGCAGAAACAAAGGCCGACAAGUCUGCGCCAGGGGUCCCAUUGUCCAAGAAAGAGAGAAAGGCUUUGAACAAGGCCGAAACAACCCCCGAAUCCGAAAUGACCAAGGAAGAGAGGAAGGCUUUGAGGAACGCGCGAAGCAAGCUUGCCCAGGCUCAGGCUCAGGCGAAGACACCAAAGGCAGGAUCGGAUGCCAAAUCCCCCGCAAAGCCAACACAGGCAGCAGAGCAGCCUUCGGUAGAGGAAGAAAAGGUUGCUGAUGCACCUGUGGACAAGAAGAACGACACCGCGCCAGAGCCCGUGACGUCCAAGGAUGACAGCAAGAAGGCCAAGAAGUCCAAGAAGGAGAAGAAGGAGAAAAUGGAGAAGAAGAAGGCCAAAGGCUCCAAAGACGAGACAGUCGCACGAGGUGAAGAAGAACAACCCGUCAAGGCUGAUACAUCCGCUGACGCAUCGAAGCCAACUGAAACCGAAGAGCAGUCAGCGUUCGCCACUGACGCCGAUUUCGUCUCCUUCGGCGACAUCAAUGAUGAGAAGGCCGAAGAUGAAUCCGAAUCGGACGCUGAUGCCCCAGACGGCAAAAGCACACGUGCGACCCUGUCCAAUGCCAGCCGGGGCCCCUCGGUCCCCAAGGGCAAAGCCGCCUUGAAGGCGUACAAGAAAGAAAAGAAAGAAAAGAAAGCACUGAAGAAGAAGGAACGCAAAAACCUCGUCAAGGCUCGGGGGCCCAAGUCGGGACUUGUCGCCACUAAUCCCAAGCCUGCUCCUCUUACUGUCCCUGGCAAGAUCCCGGGCGUGCCGCUGCUGGGUAAAGGCAAGUAUGACAAGGCCAAACGUCAAGCUUACAAGGAGUUGAAGAAGAAUGUCCUCAAGAGGAAUAUUUUGAGAAAGAGCAAGGCCGGGCAGCCAGCAACUGAUGCUUAGUCGACGAGCGCUCAGCUUGCCCUGUCCACGUUCAAUGGCUUCGCUCCGCAAAAGGACUCAGGUUCCUUCGAGUGACUACGCACACCGGAGGCGUCGUGUUCUAUCAACGACUCUUCGGUUGAUUUCGGGCUAUGUUUAAUUUAUCAAGAAUGUCACCAUGUCAAUAAAACUCCGGCUCUCGCAGCCAAGGCGUGCUUUGCUGCUGCUCAUUUUUCUUGCGUAAAAAUGGUCCGCGUUGGUUCUGGCGUCUCACGCUGUAUUCAGCCUGGUGCUACGCUAGAGCUGUGAACGGUGCCACCUUGUCGCGGGAACCAGAAGUCAAUACCCAUCUACACAUUGGUCUGCACAGUACGAUGUCUCUAUAGCAUUGUAUCACACAAGUCAUACGUAUUUUGCCA